AUGGAUGCAUACGAAGCGGCAGCAGCAGUGGCGACGCUGCGCACGGACGCAGGCGGCUCCCUGCUUCAGCGGCCGAGCACGUCGCCUCUGUUGCCGGUGAAGUCGUACGGUACCGCGUCAGACAUCAGCGACGCGAGCUCGUGCAGCUCCUUGAGCGCUGUGGUGGCGGUGCAGACAACGAACGACACAGUCGACUGGGCGAGGACGCAGACUGUAGGCAACAACAUUACGCGAAGCACCCGCGCUGAACUCCAGGCGUGUGUGGCUGAGCAGCACCAGAGCCUCAAUCACACACAGCAGGGGGAAGACCAGGCCAUGCCUGGCUACGUGGUCGAGGCCCCGCUGUACGAUCCGCACACCUCCACCCCGCUGGAUGGCAACGCACACCCGGUCGGUGAGGUUGGGCAGAGAGAACCCAGCCCGCUCGCUGAAGGUGCAGCCUAUGCACCGCUGGCGGCGGGAGGAGGCGCCAAUGGUGUCGCAGCACAGGCUGAGGGCGGACAACCCUGCAGCCCUACCACGGACGCCAACGCCAACGGCCCCGCGCCAGCCUCUCUGUUGCUGACCUGGGGGUCGCCAACGGGGUCUCCCCCGACGUUUAUGGAGCUUGUGGUGCGGCGCGUUCAGGCCACUUCGCUCCUGCAGCUCCUGUGGGUGGCGCUUCUUGUGACAAUGCUGCUGGUGGGCAACGCGUUUCAGGUGAUUUUUCUGAAUUUCUGGAUCCACCAGUUUCCCACCAACCGGAGCGAAGCCGCCACGUCGGGAUUCUCCUCCUCGUCGUCGUCAGCGAGCAGUAGCGGCGGGGCGGAGCGGGCGAAGGCCCUCGCCAGCAGCUACACCACCUUCGUCAUCUCCGCCGUACUGUUCCCGAGCUUUUUCCUGGUGCUCUCCAUCGCGUACGCGCUGUGGCGGCGCCCGAACCUCGCCUUCACCCGCGACCGGGCCGGGUGGUGGCUGCUGCUCGGCAUCGGGGCCAUGGACGCGCUGAACAGUGCCAUGGCCAUUUACGCCGCCGCCAACACGCCGGAAGUCCUGCAGGCGCUGUUUGUCUCCCUCGUCCCCAUCUACUCUGCUGUCUUCACCAAGUGGUUGCUGAAGGACCCCCGCGACUACACGAACCCCUACGUCGUGGUAAGCUUCGUUCUGAUCGCGACCGGCGUAGCCCUUGCCUCACUCUUCAACUACAUCGUCACGCACCGUCACCACACGAAGGACGGCAGCGGAAGAAGUCAGGCGGUGGUCGGUGGCCACGGCAUGCCGAAGGAAUUUCAGCUCGACACCUUUGCGGACGGGUCAUCGUCGUCACUGUCUGCCAUGGCGCUGGACCAGCGACUGUGGUGCCUCAUCUUUUUUCUCUCCGUUCCUCCAACGGUGCUGAUGAACGUGUGGCAGACGAUGUACAUGAUUCGGUACACGAGCAGCGAUGAGCUGACAGCCUACCUUACCGAGCACGCAGACGAAGUGGAAUACCUAGAAGGUGACGAUGGUACGGCUGCGGCUGCCGCGGGGCAGCAUGCGCAACUACUGGACGGUGCCGUGCAUCAGCCCCCCUCAGGCAACCCCGCGCCAGGGCCCUCGCUGGGUGGGCCGGGGCACCGUCCACACGCUCCACACAGCGAGGUCCCCCUGCACGGUGAGGAUGUGAGCGUCAAGCUUGUCAUGCUGACCUCCGACACGGCUAUCCAGGCUAUCCUUGCCCUUGUGAUGAUGCCGAUGGACGCGUUGCCGUGGUUCGGCGGCAGUAACUCGAUCCGCGAAGUCGUGGAAAACCUCAGCGAGGGCGUUGACUGUGUAUUGCACUGUCCUCGCAAUAUGCGUUACUGCAUCCUGUACAGCACAGGCUUCGUACUGGUGUACAUCGCUUCAGCCUACCUCAACCGCUACAGUGUGACCCUGUGCUCCAUGGUCAGCCAGCUCUCCGGGCCCAUCACGGCCCUCGUUCUUAUCAUCUUUCCCUCCCUGAACAUCACCGGGGACGCCUCACCAUGGUACGUGAGCGUCUUUGCCGUUCUCUUGCUGUCCUGCGGCACCGUCCUGUACGUCUACUGGGAUGAAAUGACGGUGGAGGAGAAGGCAGUGGGCGAAAUGAAGCUGAAGUGGGAGAUGAUGCACGCGAAGUCCUCGCGACACGCGCAGUCGUCGGCAGGGGGCCACUCGUAUCACGAAAUCGACAGCAGCACCCUCGCCACAUCGCAGCCGCAGCAUCAUCGCCAUCCGCGAUCCCGACGCUACCACCGUCGUCGCCAGUCAGAUUACGUCGUGGUAUUCGACCAAGACCCAGCAGAUCCUGCUGCCAACGUCCAGCAGCACCCCCACUGA